UAUUGAAACAAUAAAACAAAAACAAUCAUUACCAAGUUAAUUUCAACUCUCAUCAAAGAAAGCUUACAAAGUUUAACAAAAAUGGUGGAAAAGAAAGUUGUGAUCAUAGGAGGUGGUGUUGCCGGUGCAAUCCUUGCUAAAACUAUACAACAUCAAGCUAAUGUCACUCUUAUUGAUCCGAAGGAAUAUUUUGAGAUUCCAUGGGCAAGUUUAAGGGCAAUGGUGGAGCCAUCUUUUGCAGAAAGGACUGUGAUAAACCAUAGAGAAUAUUUCACAAAAGGUGACCUUAUUGUAUCAAGUGCUACCAACAUAUCUGAGUCUGAAGUCUUCACUUCAGAUGGCCGCAAAAUUUCCUAUGAUUAUCUUGUUAUCGCUACCGGUCACACCGAACCUAUCCCCAAAACAAGAACCGAAAGAAUCGACCAAUACAAAGGAGAAAAUACGAAGAUAAAAUCAGCGCGUUCGGUUUUGAUUAUCGGGGGAGGUCCAACCGGGGUCGAGCUAGCAGCAGAAAUCGCAGUCGAUUUUCCUGACAAGAAAGUGACUAUAGUGCAUAAAGGAUCAAGGUUGCUAGAAUAUAUUGGGCCAAAAGCUUCAAGAAAGACUCUAAAAUGGCUUAAAUCAAAGAAAGUUGAUGUCAAACUUGAACAAUCUGUUGACUUUGACUCUUUCACAAAUGAAAAUAGAACAUAUCAAACUUCACUUGGAGAGAGUAUUGAAGCAGAUACACAUUUUGUAUGUAUAGGGAAACCACUUGGUUCAUCUUGGCUCGGUGAAACUCUAUUGAAAAAUGAUUUGGAUGGUGAUGGAAGAAUACAAGUUGAUGAACACUUGAGAGUUAAGGGGAAGAACAAUGUUUUUGCUAUUGGAGAUAUUACAAAUGUUCAAGAAAUUAAACAAGGAGUGUUUGCACAAGGUCAUGCAAAACUAGUUGCCAAGAAUCUAAAGCUAUUGAUAGAAGGAGGAGAGAAAGAACCUAAACUAGGAACAUACAAGGCACAAGCACCAAUGUCAAUUGUUUCACUUGGAAGAAAACAUGGUGUUGCACAGUUCCCUUUCAUGACAGUUGUUGGAAGGUUUCCUGGUAUAAUAAAAUCAGGAGAUUUGUUUGUCGGGAAAACCAGAAAGGAACUAGGACUUGAACCUAAUGUUAAAAAAUCUUAAUUUCAUAUAGUGUUUGUGUGUGUAUAUAAUUGUUCAACUCAUCUUUCAUAGUUAUUGUUGUGCAUGUUUGCGUUCAUUAUGAGUUUUCUUUCAAGUGUGUAUUUCAUUGAAUUUCAAUGUAUUUGUAGUAAUAUUUGUUUAUGAUUUUGAUUUUUGUAAGUUUUGUAUAUUUACCUUUUCAUUAUAAAUAAAUGAUUUGAG